CUCAGUCGCGGGGACUGGAGUCCUGAGGGGACGACGCCUGCUGUUCUAAGUGCUCGGGACUUCUGCCCCGGAGACUUCGCCGCCGGGACCCACGGGUGCACGGCUUCGGGAAAGAAGUUGCGAAUUUUGCCAGGUCAUCUGCCUGGCCACAGUAAAUCUGUGUGUGUAGUGUGAUUCGUCGAAGCUCUCCUACCGUGUUGAAUCAGCGUGCCUAGCCUCAAGGGUGCAUCGUGAAAACUGAAACCGAAGAGUGAUACAGGCCUGCUUUGUGUGUGUGUGUGUUUUUUUUUUUUCCCCCCAGUUUAAGCUUGUUUUCAGAAUACAUAACUCCUGCUUUAAACCUGAUUGGACUUUGCGGUGCAGAGACAUCUGUUCCAAGGAGGGACAGAGACCACAGUAUUUCUGAAGGGGUUUGGGAAUGUGCAAGUAUUUUAAGUUCUCCCAGCGUUGGUUGACUGUCUCGAGUCAGGCAAGUUACUUUCUCAAGUACGAUUUCUAUUCGGAAAAAAGUUUGCUGUAGUCCAUAAGUGAUCCUCGUGAAGUAGUUUGCCAUUCCAGAUGUAAAGAUGCACCCUAAUUCAUUGUGGAGAAGUUAGUAGUUAGACAUCCUUUUUUUUUUUUUUUUCAGCUGGAUCAUUUUCCAUGCAGACCCACUUGGUUUAAAUUUCUUCUCACUGACAUAUUGCCAUCAGAUGUCCCUGGUAGAUUUGGGAAAGAAGCUUUUAGAAGCGGCGCGAGCAGGUCAAGAUGAUGAAGUGCGUAUUUUGAUGGCAAAUGGAGCUCCUUUUACUACCGACUGGCUGGGAACUUCUCCACUUCACCUGGCCGCACAGUACGGGCAUUAUUCCACCACAGAGGUACUACUCCGAGCUGGUGUGAGUAGGGAUGCCAGAACCAAAGUGGACCGAACCCCAUUACAUAUGGCAGCUUCUGAGGGCCAUGCCAGCAUAGUUGAGGUUUUGCUUAAGCAUGGUGCUGACGUCAAUGCAAAGGACAUGUUAAAGAUGACAGCUCUACAUUGGGCCACGGAACACAACCAUCAGGAAGUGGUGGAACUUUUAAUCAAAUACGGUGCUGAUGUACACACGCAAAGUAAAUUUUGUAAAACUGCAUUUGAUAUUUCGAUAGACAAUGGGAAUGAAGAUUUAGCAGAGAUAUUACAGAUUGCUAUGCAGAACCAAAUCAACACAAACCCCGAGAGCCCCGACACUGUGACGAUACAUGCCGCCACUCCGCAGUUUAUCAUCGGACCUGGAGGGGUGGUGAACCUAACAGGUCUGGUAUCUUCAGAAAAUUCAUCCAAGGCCACAGAUGAAACAGGUGUGUCUGCGGUUCAGUUUGGAAACUCCUCUACAUCAGUAUUAGCUACAUUAGCUGCCUUAGCCGAAGCAUCUGCUCCAUUGUCCAAUUCUUCAGAAACUCCAGUAGUUGCCACGGAAGAAGUAGUUACAGCAGAAUCUGUGGAUGGUGCAAUUCAGCAAGUAGUUAGCUCAGGGGGUCAGCAAGUUAUCACAAUAGUUACAGAUGGAAUUCAGCUUGGGAAUUUGCAUUCCAUUCCAACCAGUGGCAUAGGCCAGCCCAUCAUUGUAACCAUGCCAGAUGGACAACAAGUAUUAACAGUACCGGCAACAGACAUUGCUGAAGAAACUGUUAUAAGUGAAGAACCACCAGCUAAGAGACAAUGUAUCGAAAUAAUUGAAAACCGGGUGGAAUCUGCAGAAAUAGAAGAGAGAGAAGCUCUUCAGAAACAGCUGGAUGAAGCGAAUCGAGAAGCACAGAAAUAUCGGCAGCAGCUUCUAAAGAAAGAACAGGAGGCAGAGGCCUACAGACAGAAAUUAGAAGCCAUGACUCGUCUUCAGACUAAUAAAGAAGCUGUUUAAUUGAAAUGAACAUGUAGUUUGAUUUCACUUUUGGUGGAGAAAGAAUACAAUCUCGAACUGUACACAACAAGGGUACAGUCAUGGAAAUACAGGAAAAUAGAAGAGACUACGAAUUGGUAAUUGGACUUAAGCCAUGAGCUCUGAGUUGUUGUAACAUAAAACUUUACUUUAGAGGUUGUGAAAUGUAUUUAAAACUGAAUUCUGUAAAUAGUUUUUGUUUUUUUACAGUUCCAAAUGAGUUGAUAAAGAUUGUUGAAGAGAUCCAAAAAUA